AAUAAAUGAGAGAAAUAAUACAUAUAGGUUUGGGAAAUUGUGGGGUUAGAUUAGGAUGCAAAUUUUAUGAAUAACUUGUUCAAGAUUAUUAAAUUGAAAAUAAUAGGACAUGUGAAAAACCUGCAGAAGGAAUAGAAGUACACUUUAGUGAAAUUGGAGAUAAAAAGUUUGUUCCUCGAUCAAUUUUAUGUUCAAGAGAUGUAGAGUAAAUACUUGCAAAUCCACAAUCACUUAUUUUUAAUCCGAAUAACUACUAAAUGGAUUUAGAGGAUUGUUUACAUAAAGAAAUGGAAAUAUGUGAUAACUGUCAAGGAAUAUAGAUAACUCAUCAUUUAAGUACAGAUAUUAGUAUAAUAUAAUAUGUUGUUGAAAAUUAUCAAAAUGUUGUAUAGACCUUUACAAUCUUUCCUAAUUAAGAGUAUGGACACGAUAUAGUAAAAAGUGCAUAGAAUUUAAGUAUUCUUAAAGAAUUAAAUGUGGUUGCGUUUGAUAAUUUUGGAUUGAAUGACUUCUAUUCAAGGUAAUAUAAAUCGACAUUAACCUAUAAUGAUUAUAAUAAUUUAAUAGCAACAGUGAUGAAUGCUAUAACAUCUCCUAUGAGAUAGAGUGGCAAUUAUACUUUAGAGAAAAUGUAUGCUGUUGGUUCAUAAAUGAAUAUUGAAGUUUGUAAACUUGUUUAGGAUAAGCAAUCUCAGAUUAAUCUUUAAUAGAUUGUGGAUACAAAACAUCUAAUUGAAACUAGUUAGAAUGUGAAUGAGAAGAUUAUAUAAGCUACUCUUUUUGCCAGAACUAAUUAAUUAACACCAAAUCAAUUACAUUAAUAAUUACAAUUAACUGCAAGAUCAUUUUAUAAUAACAUAAUCAAUUUAAAUUAUCAACUAACUUCUUAUAAAUAAGAAAUAUUAGUUUCUUUAUAUAAAUCUUCUCAUAUCAAGUUGAAAUUGUAAUAGUUGAAAAAUAAUAUCAAAUUAUUGAAAGCAAGAAAAGCUUUUAAUGAAUUAUAUUAAUGGGAUUAAUAACCUAGUAAUUUUGAAUAUUUAGAUAAAAUGAUUUCACUAUGUGAUUAAAUUGUAAAUACUCAUUAAGAAUAAUAAUAAUAACAAUAGUAGCAAAUAUCAGUUUAAGGAUCAAGUCCAAUAUCAGCAUCUGAAAAUAAGAUGGAUAAACAAAAAGACUACAUUAAAGCAUCUGAAUAAAUAGAAGCAUCUCCAAAGAAAUAAAUAUCUAUAGGACAGUAAUAACUUAUAUCAAGAAAUGGAUGA